CAUCGUCGAUUACAUGUCCGGGUCCGUACCGGGUGUGUGCCUGCGCUGCGCGGCCGCCUGGACAGGUGCAGCCAACCGCAGAGGUGGCCCUGGUUCCCUUCUCUCGACCUCAUUCUUGGGACGCCUACCGCCGGGACGGUUGAAGGCCAGGCCAGCAUGGGCCGACCUGCGCGCAGCAACACUGAGACUCCAGGCUACGGAGCGUCCGCCGUUAUGCUUUGCCCUUCAACCGUUUUUCGGCACAUCAUAGGACCUGUGAUGCCGACGGGCCCGUCCCUUAGCUUCAGGCCCGUCUGAAUGCCGCUGCGCUCCCGAGGGCCCUGCAGCGGGCUCCUAUGCUCACCCUCAGUCGCCGAAAUGCUCCGCCAGAAGCCCGAACCAAAGCCCAUCGUUACGCUGGAGUUGCAGCGUUCGCUCCUGGGUGGUGCAGCUGGCAUCAGUGUGACUGGUCAGCGGUCCCCUGCCAACGGACCCCGCAGACUGACCAAAACCUCGACGCCACACCUCUCUGAGCCCCCAACAUCUCGCACUAACCGCAUCGCGGGGGCUGCCGGCGCCCUGUUCGACCAUAUCCUUCCCCAUCGGGCUGGUGUCCGCCAGCCUUGUCCGCAUCACUUCUCCAGAGCAGGGUUGGUGCUGACCCAGGUCCCACCGGUUGCACCCCCCAUGGCAACCACAAACCCUGGUCCUGGUCGCCGUCCUGCUUCGCUAGCUGCGCACCCCUGUUCCCGGUCAGGACUGAGUUCCCAAGAUGCAUCUCCUCUAGCCCCCAGCUCUCGAAGAGCGGGAACGCGUCUGGAGAUACCAUUAUUAGCCAGGCAGAAAUCUCGUUCGUUUACAAAUCUUAUAAGAAACCCCCGGCCGUCUGCCUUGUCAAACACACCCAUCCUUUCGCUCCAACAGCUUGCCGCACAAUCAUCUCAAGUUGCGACGCCAGGUUCUUCCUCUUGACUAGUGCUUCGCAUUCAACUGAAAGGCUCCCAACGACCACUCUGCCGGCCAUCUAUAUCUGGCCUGCCCCCCUUCCUGCUCCGGUGACCUACCUCGACGCGGUUGACAAUCAAUCGGACUCC